CCGACAGUGACGUCACACUAUAGAGGAGAAAGCAACAUCUAGCAGGAAUGAAGUUGUAAUGGCGAAAAUCCACUGUCAUUCCCUGCUUUCGGGCAGCUCCUGGGACUCGUUCGACGAGGAUUCCCCUGACGAUGAACCCGAAGCCAUGGAAGUGGAUGAAAACAAUACAUUUUGCACGUAUGAAGCCACGCGAUUACAAGAGCAGGAUAUGUUGCUGUUUGGUCUCUGUCCGGCUCAGGAGCAAGUGUGUUUGGUGAUAUGUGAUGAGUGUAAACGUGUAGUGAAGGCUUCGGCUUUUCCAAAACAUUGUGCUAUCAAGCAUCAGAAAGAGUCACCACCAUCAGUUUCUCCUCCGGAGAUAAUGGACUCUGCCCAAACUAUGGAGUCAAUCCUACAGUCCGGGUCCAAGUCCUCUCCAAGUGACACUGCUAUCAAAAUUGAGAAUGUUGAAUUUGAAGAUGAUGGAAAUGUCAAGAUUGAAGAGGUCCCUCUAGAACUGAAUCAUUCUUUAACUGUAAAUAUCCCUUUAUCAAAGACUUUGCUCACUAAACCUAUUGUAAAGAAGGCAAGUGAGAAAUCGAAUAAGAAAUCUCCAAGGAAAGUUAUACCUACAAGAGAGCGGGAGUUUGAUGCUGACAAACAUUGUGGUGUAUGGGUUGCAGAUCAACAGAAGAAAUGUACACGAUCACUAACAUGCAAGACUCAUGCCCUGUCUUUGCGACGAGCUGUCCUGGGAAGAAGAAAACCUUUUGAUGAGCUUCUAGCUGAACACAAAGCAAGAGUAAAUAGUGAAAAAGAGCUCAAUAACCAGGCAGCACUGAGAGCACAAGAAUUAAAGGCUGCUAAAGAAGAAAACAUUAUAAACAGAGUCCUCAUCAAUGAUAUCACAGAUACAGUACAUAUUAUGAAUAAGGCUAACGAAAGUAGGUGUAUGGGAAGUGUGUCAGUUGAAGAUGAAGGCAUUGUCCCAAGAAAUCAAGAGGUUGCAGAAACUGAUGGAGUAGAGGAGAAUCUAUCGUACAGUGGAAUACCAACCUUAUGCCACCAUCCGAACCCCAUGGUGAUGUGUUCAUUUGGGGCGAGGAGAGUGGGUCAGGGAGCUAUUGCAUUCAACCGGAAGCAGGAUAGAAUACGAUGUGCUGUCAUGGCGAUGGUGGAACGCUGUGUCAACCCUUCGCUUCCAAGACAUUCGGGGGGCAGGCCUGGUGCUGUAGCAAUUUUGCACAGACCAACAGUGAAAACGAUAGCACAGUCCAGUAACUCUGGCAUGAGUAAAGGUACAUCAUAUGCAGAUAAAUUCAAGAGUCAUGGAGUGUUUUCAUCAUCUAAUAAAAACUUAAAUAACUUUUUGAAAGCACCUCCACCUCCAAGGAACAAAGCUUUACGGCAAAACAGCAUGCCACAUAGUAACACAUCAGGAUUGGUGGAGAACUCGGCUGUCUAUCAGACUUUACAGCAAGGCAAAAGGCGGAUGAGUGAUUCAUCUUCUGGACACUUAUCUGUCACGAAUGAAUCUGUAGAAUUCCUUAAACCAGAUGCGAGCUCUCAGGCUUUCAGUGACAUGGGAAACAUUAUUGCUAGUAUUGAUGCUAAUGUAUCAGGAGGACAACCGGGACACCAGAUGUCGAAUACAGUGUCAAAUGCCUUCCUGGCUGUGGCUAGUGUGAGCGGGGAUGCUGGUGUCAGCAUGGGCCCUGGUAUUGCACUGAAUUCAGGAGCUAUGAUCACUGGAACCAGAACUUGUUAUACUUCAAUAGCCACGCCUUUGACAGCUACAAUAAGUGAUAACCGUUUUAAUAAUGCAAACACUGCUGGGAUGCAAGGCAGGGUGACUAUUGGUACAGCAGCUACAUCUGCUAUGCCUAACAAAGUUGUACAGGUUGCUGGUCAGCUUGAUGUUUCAACGGGUAAAGUAACAGUCACCACAGCUGGACAUGGUCCACUGGUGUUUACCAAACAGACAACUGGAGGCGUACAGGUAUCAAAUUGUAUAGUAAAUGGAACAGGCCCAUCGCAAACACCUAAAGGCGCCAAUAUGAAGGGGUACCCAGUCAGCUUUGUCAUUCAAAACAACACAGGCCAGCCUGCGGGCUCAAACCCAGGCUACACCAAGGGACGUAACCUUGUGUUCAACAGCAUGGGCGUGGCCCAGUUACAACAACAGGCACUGGUGCAGCAGUCCCCUUCUCCCAUGCAGCAGCCACAGAAAGGAAAAGUCUCGGUACGGAAGACCUAUCAGAAAGGCCAAUCCAAGAGUAACCUUCAAGUAAAGAUUCCUCAAUCACCAUCUCCACAGCAGCCAUCACCAGGACAACUGUCGCCUGGGCAACCGGUUACACAGAAAACAAUAGUAGUGUCGAGUCCACAGCCAGGACAGCAAAAUUUGUACCUGAACCACCAACACAUGUCGAACACCGCGUCUCCGCAACCGAUUGUCCAAUUGAAGCAGCAAGUAGAACAGCAGCAGCAACAACUCCAGCAAAUCACCCUACAACAACAGCUACAACAGCAACAACUACAACAGCAGCAACUACAGCAGCAAAAGCAACUGAACCCACAAUUCGUCAAACAGCAACUACCAAUCCAACCUCGCAUCGCCCCAGCGCCACCUAACCUGGCCCAGCAGACAUACAUAACGCAGCAACAGUUCGGCAACAACCAAAAUAUAGUAAUCAAAAACACGGAACAGCCUCUGAAAAGCCCGCCAAACUCUGUGUUUGUCACCAACGAUGCUCACAUUCAAGCUACUGUGGUGCACAAGCCGCAGUCAAAUGUGGCCUGAUAGGAGUAUUGCCAAUUGGCUUAUUGCGACACCGUCACUUUUUCACUUCAAUCAAUACGUUAUUUUCUAAUGGAAUUCUGUCUUUCCAGGCUAUUUUUAUAUUCAAUUAAAGGACCUGAACAUGAUAUAACUGAAUUGCAAGAGGUGCAGUAAAUGAAAAAAAGGGAGAAAUUAUAAAGACAUACAAUGACAAAAUAUAAAUAGAUGGUGUUAUUUUUCUUCAUUUGAUAAAUUAGCAUCUCAAAAAGUGUUUUUUUUUUUUUUUCAAAAUCUAAAUUAUUAAUGAUUGUCACCACAUGGAUAUUUAUAGAUCUGUCUUUGGAAGUUUGGCAAAUCUAUUUAAUGUUAAAAGCUGAUUAUGUGUUACUCUAGUUUUCAGGAAUUUUGCCAACAUAAACUUUGGCUUCUUUCCAUUCCCCUAUCAAACUGGAAUUUAAUAAGGUUUCCGUGCAUUUGAAAAAAAUGCUCCAAAUGUCUUGGCCAUUUUUCAAUUAACAUUUGUGGCAUUAUGUCCAACGUCAUAUCCCAAAACGACUCUUUAAAUGUCUUGAAUCAAAUCACAAAUCAGACUGAAGUUGGACUGCUAUUUAGAACAGUCUUGCCAAUCAUUUUGUAAGCAAGCUUUUAUAUCUAUCCGAAGAGAGACUUUGAUACAACUCUGACUAGCAUUUGUACAGAAACCUGGUCUUCUUUUUUCGUUUAUAUUUGUCAGAAGUUAUCGAACCUUCAAUGAUUGAUCGUUUUCUUUUAUAGAAAAUUUUGGGUAUGAUCGUCAGGAAAGUUUUGGGAGAUUUACUUUGACGUCAUGUGGACAAACGUCACACAGUUAGUUUAAUUGUGACGACCACUGACGUCAUUGAGACAUCCCAAACAAUAUUUUCUACAAGACGUUCGGUGGUCUGGUCUCCUUGUGUGAUACUCUUUUUAUUGCCUUGUCGAUAUCUAUUGGUAUAUGUACAGAAUUAUAUAUUCCAUGCCAAAUUACUGGCUGGAUGCAGAAACAAUAACUUUUGUAAAGCUAUUUUGUAAAUAAAGUAUUUAUAUGUGCAA